GGCCUCACCUGUGCAACAGCAAACUCCUGCUUUUGCUAGUGAAGAGCCACCAAACACAGCACAGAGGUGCAGCACUGCCAGCUGGAAGGGAAACAUUCCCAGGAUACCUGGCCCUUUUGUCUUGCCAUGGCCACAAAAGCCAACAGCUCUAAGAAAUCCCUCCAGCUGCUCCUUUUCCAGGUUGCUCUUCUAGGGCCUGUCUUCUGUGGGAACGUGCUGGUCUGGCCAACAGAAGGCAGCCACUGGCUGAAUAUGAAGAUAGUUACAGAGGAGCUCAUCCGCCGUGGGCACAGCGUCACUGUCCUGGUGUCCAACGCUUCCCUCUUCAUUAAAUCCAGGGAUGAUGCCAUGGAGAAGUUUGAGGUCUAUAACGUGCCCUUCAAGACGGAUAUCAUCGAGACCAUGAUCGAGGACCUAGUGGCACUGUGGCUGAACAACAGGCCAACCACCCUGACCUUCUGGCAGUUUUACAGGGAGAUGGGGAAGCAGAUCAAGAACUGGCAUGACAUGAACAGGCUGAUGUGUGAUGCAGUGCUAACCAACCACGAGUUGAUGGCCCACCUGCAGGGGUCCGGCUAUGACCUGCUGCUGUCAGACCCGGUCACCCUCUGCGGGGACCUCCUGGCUCUCAAGCUGUCCAUCCCCUUCGUGUACUCGCUGCGCUUCUCCCCAGCCUUCACCGUGGAGAGGCACUGUGGCAAGAUGCCAGCACCACUGUCCUAUGCACCUGCAGCCCUGUCAGAGCUCACCGACUGCAUGUCCUUUGGUGAGAGGAUAAAAAACACCUUGUCUUACCACUGGCAAGACUUCAUUUUUCAGAGCUACUGGGGACACUGGGACACCUACUAUAGCAAGAUCUUAGGUAACCACUGGCUGAACAUGGAGUACAUACUCGAUGAGCUUGUGGUCCGGGGCCACGAGGUGACUGUGCUACUGCCUUCAUGCUUCCUCAUCCUCAACGCCACACAGGCCUCACCCUUCCAGUUUGAGGUGAUUGAGGCACCGAUCACCAAAAAGGAGAUGGCUGCCAUGCUGGAAGAAGGUUUCUAUUUUUGGUUUUAUGAGGAGAGUCAGCUACCCAUCUGGGAAAGUGUUUACAGGAUGGCUCAAGUGCUGUACAAGAUGGAGAACUUAACCAAAACCAUUUGUGACAGAGUCCUGAAGAAUAAGGCACUGAUGCAGAGACUGAGGGCAUCCAACUUCGAUGUCCUCUUGGCAGACCCGCUGGUACCCACCGGGGAGCUGAUUGCUGAGAAGCUGGGUAUCCCCUUCAUAUACACCAUCCGGUUCUCCAUGGGCAACACAGUGGAGCGGCUUUGUGGGACACUCCCAGCACCUCCUUCCUACGUACCAGCCACCCUAAGCGGCCUAGCAGAUAGGAUGUCCUUCCUGGAAAGGCUAAAGAACAUCUUCUCCUACACUGCUCAGGAUUUUGUGUAUCAUUUCCUUCUCUGGGGAAGCUGGAAUCAAUACUACACUGAUGUAUUAGGAAGGCCCACAACACUGUGUGAGACGAUGGGGAAAGCAGAGAUAUGGUUAAUCAGGACUUACUGGGAUUUUGAAUUUCCACGCCCUUUCCUGCCCAACUUCGAGUUCGUUGGAGGACUUCACUGCCAGCCCGCAAAGCCCUUACCAAAGGAAAUGGAAGAAUUUGUUCAGAGCUCAGGAAAACACGGCAUUGUGGUAUUCUCUCUUGGGUCAAUGGUCUACAACCUAACUGCUGAAAAAAGCAACAUCAUUGCCAGAGCCCUCAGCCAGCUUCCACAAAAGGUCCUCUGGCGGUACAAAGGAAAAAAACCAGAAACUCUCGGCUCCAACACCAGGAUUUAUGACUGGAUACCCCAAAAUGACUUGCUUGGCCAUCCACUGACAAAGGCCUUUAUUACUCAUGGUGGGACCAAUGGGAUCUAUGAAGCUAUCUACCAUGGGAUCCCAAUGGUUGGGAUUCCCAUGUUUGCUGACCAGCAUGACAACAUGGCUCACAUGAGAGCAAAGGGAGCUGCAGUCGGGCUGGAUUUCAGCACAAUGACGACGCAGGACUUAGUUGAUGCACUGAAUACAGUCAUUAACAAUUCCACCUAUAAGGAAAAUGUUCUAAGGUUAUCCAAGAUACACCAUGACCAGCCAAUCAAGCCUCUGGACAGAGCUGUCUUUUGGGUUGAAUUUGUCAUGCGUCACAAAGGAGCAAAGCACUUGAGACCAGCUGCUCACAAUCUCACCUGGUACCAGUACCACUGCCUGGAUGUUCUGGCAUUCUUGUUCACCUGUACAGCCACUGCUGUCUUCAUUCUUGUCAAGUGCUGCUUAUUUUGCUGUAGGAGACGUGGCAAAGGGAUUGCAAAGAGGAAGAAAGAAUAAUCAUCCUGUUUCUGUCAGCACUUUUUCUUCUCCUAUGCCCAUUCAGCAAGGCAUUUAUGCACAUACCUUCCCAAAUAAAAUGAUUAGCAUAUGCUUUAAGCUGGGCGUAUCAUGAAGCACCCCACUGAACUGGGUCAUACUAAAAACCUGUUGUGAGGCAGGGCUACUUGCUUGACCAGCAAAUUCCUUCUGGCCUAAAUAAGAUCAAAUUGUAGCUGCUUUAUCCCUUGGGACCCCUUUAGCUGAUAACACAUAUGAUCUGCAGAAUAAUGAUUGUUGGUCGAACUUUUCAAAUUCAUUUUGGUAUUGCACAAAUUCAGCCUUCCCAUAUGUGGUACUGUGGGUCCCUUAAUCUGCAUCUAGUCUCCUUACCUUAACUCUGUCCUCUCCUGUAAUAACACCCAGGUUUGAUGAUUCACAACCAAAAUGCCUCUCCUGUCAGAAUAGCUCUCUCCAGAUUGGAGUCAUGGGCUCCUAAAAAGCACCCAUCUGAAUGGCCAAGAUCAUGAAAACCUGGGAGCUGUAAGUGCCUGGUGAAGCCUGUAUAUCACAUUUGUACAAACGCACUACUUGGCAGCUGAAGGGAGACCAAAGUCCCAAAACCACCAGAGAAAUUACUUUGUUGAAAAUAACUUCUUUCCCAUUCAGUCUGCAGUCCUCCUGCACAGGCCACUGUUCUAGCUGCAAUCGUAUGAAGGUGUGAAAACCACCUCUGUCAGAAACUUGCCCAUCUUAGUCCCCCAACGGCCCCUGAGCCAUGCUAACUCAUAAAUACAGGAAAACUUCUAGACAUGGAACUUGCAAGGAAGUAACAUUACAUGUGGGAGCACUGCAAAAGUCACUUGCCUUGCCUGAAAAGUUUUUGGGAAAAUAAUGUUGCUCUUGGAUCAGGUAAGAGUGGUAGUAAAUACAGCACUCCUUAAAUUGUUCAAGGUGCACUUACUGACGAAAGCCCGCUAAAAUUGUUUGCUGAAGCCUCCUGUUCUAGGCAAGAUUGUUCCACUGCUGUGCCAGCUUACUCAAGAAGGAACCAAUCCCAAUUUUAACUGGUAUUUGUGGUAUUCUGGAUGCUGCAAAAUUGUUUUCAAAUAGAACAGGCUGAGAAAACAUGGCAUAUUUGUUUACAUAAUAAAAUUCCUACACUCUGUUAACUUUA